AUGUUCCGGUUUUGCUGCUCUCGUCUUGCCAUCGGUGCAUACAGUUUGUUUAUGAUGGAGCAAAAAAACAAUCCCGCUCUCAAGGGUCUCCCUAUUGGCCAACGGGGCAAAAUGACUGCAAAGCUUUACAAAGCUCUCUCUCCAUCAGAACGCACGGAAUUGGAGAAACGUGCCAAGGCAAUGCCAUCGCGUCGUCGAGCAAAGACAAAGGCUGUAGAGAAGAAGCGACGUACCCCGUCCAAGUACGCCCAAUUUGUGAAAGUUAACCUUCCCAAAUACAGUCAGCUUCCUCACAAGGAACGACUUGCUGCAGUGGCCAAGCUAUGGAAAGAACAACAAAAACAGCAGCAACCGCAAAAGAAGUGA